AAAUGCGAAAAACUCUUAAUGAUCGUUUAAUCCACAGUUCUUUUCUCAACAUCACGGUUCCAGAGUAAUCUCGAAACACGAGUGACUACAGGGGAGUUGCACGCCGCGAAUGUAUGCCGGAUAUAAUCACGACGUCGGUAACAGAGGUCGUUCCGUGAGCGAGACCAUCGGAAAAUGGGUGUAAAAAGGGUGUACAGCGACUGCGUGUACGGUUGACAGACGACAAGUAAAAAGCGAGAAGCAGCUCGGUACUCGUUAACCGGUUUCCGCGGAUCGGCAUGCAGAGCGACACGUAGUCAGGGCUACACACGCCAUCAAGCGUGGACUCACGAUCCUUCGUGCGUGUGUCGCGCGUAGAUCUGGGAUCCCGCGGGUCCAUUACGUCGUCAUGCGAUCGUCGUCACUCGCUAAUAACAUCGUAUCCUCUUGCGGGAGACUCGGAGGAUCGGCGGCCGCAGAGGAAGAGCCAGCUUCGAAAUGACGACGGAUUCUCGACAGCUUUUCUCAAUGGAUGUUCCUUCGGUGUUACUACAUUUCCGUUACCGAACGUACAAAUACCGGCGUUUCCAUUCGCGUUAAUCGUACGAGGUUCUUCGAGUGGUGCUCAUCCGUGUGCUGCUGUGAAAUAUAGAUUGGUAUUUAGUGAUUUCAAUAGACACACGUCAUAUUUUUGGAGAAAGAUGUUUGGAUGCGGCAAAACGCUUUAGCGUGCCUACAUACCAGUGCUUCAUGCAUUAGAAAGUACGUGGUACAGUGUCGUGAAUAACGUGUGAUCGGAAAUGUGUGGAAUAUCGAUGUUAGAAACGCGAAUGACCAGUGGUGAAUCGUGUGGUAGUGCACAGCCAUUCCCAGAUGUGACAGUAAUGUUGGAUCGUUGCCUUGCCAUUAAAUCUAGAUAAAGUCCGAUCGCCGCUCGGUCUUCGUGUGCGGUCGGCGCUCAGAGAGGGAAUAUCUCCUUUUGUGAAAGUUAAGGGUAGCGGUAUACAAGAAAAUUCGACACGAUUCAGAAGGACAACGUGCAAGUACAACGGUCGCUGUGGCAUGAGGAGGCUUGCACGCAGGCGCAAUAUCCUAGCCGCAUUCUUUGCGAUUAUGGGACGCCUUGGUAAAGGCUCGCAGAGUGCAACGAGGCCCAUUUUCAGGGUGCAUUAUCGCAAGCUCGUGGACGAGUACUCGCAGCAGGAACAGUUGAGGUUCAUGCCCGCGUUACCUGACUACAUGUCGUAUUGCUGUUGUCGAUGUGGUCAUACCCAAAAGCUCAAAGCAGAAGAAUUGAAUACCAUCGUUGGCAAUGCUUUCCGCAUGGCGUACGUGGCGCAGCUUCAGCGCCAACCGAUCCUCCAGGAUGUAAUCUCAUCGCGAUCGACGCCAUCUUAUUACAAGGACAAGCAGGAGCAUCGAACGUCGUGGAACAAAUCGCUGCCCCCCGGAGACGACGCGAUAGCCGCGGGCGCUUGCAGGAGUCCGUCGUCGAACUCGUGGCUGAAAAGUCGGACGUCGCCCACCUCCAGGCCUGGAAGGGGUUCGUCCGCAACGGAUAUGAACGUGCAGCUCGGCAGCGCCGGCUCGCCCACGCUGCGACUCGCCAGCGUAAAGGCUCCGAACACGAUCCCGGGUCUGCGACCGUCGUUCACGAAUGUUCUCGGUCCCAUAACGAACGCGGAUGAGCCGAAGAGCAUAUCGCAGCAGAGCACGCCGAGCAGCGAUGAGAGCAACUCACCGACAGAGUUAAACUCGUACAAGAGGCUAACGGACAAGCCGCCGCUGAUAAAGCGGCUGGCGAUGGGUUUGACAGGUGGACGCGACGUUCUUGGGCUGAACGGUGAGGAUGACAGCUGCCCGCUCGUCAGCGGUAGCAGCACCCCGGUCAGUCCAUCGAACAGGCCCCAUUCCGGGGGCUACAUAAACGAGGCGAUCAUCGACUCGGAGGGUACGAGGCCGUCAUACAACAAGAUCCCGCCGUCCGAGAGUCUCGACAACACCAUCAACGCGUCCAUCACCAACGCGAAGAAUUUCAAUAUCGAGAACAACAGGAUAGGGCACAAUUGCCCGGACUCGGGCACGGAGGCGGAAUUCAAGUCGAAAAGAAGAUCGCAAAUUAGCACGUCGAGCAGCUCGGUACCCGCUGACGGAAGCACUCAUGGCUCCACGCCAACCCCGCCGCCUUUACCCGAGAGAACAGACAGCCUGAAUAAUCGAAGCGAGGAGGCUGAGCUACGCAAAGCGCCCUGGUUUCAGGCUGGAAUACCCAGAGAGAUAACGCUCGAGGUAUUGAGUCAAGAGCCGGAAGGAGCUUUCAUGGUGCGAGAGAGUACCAGCAAACCCGGAUGUUACGCCCUCUCCCUCCGUGUGCCCCGCGAAUUCCAGCCGAGCGGGAUAGCCCAUUAUCUCAUAAUGCGUACAAACAAAGGUUACAAAAUCAAAGGCUUCACAAAAGAGUUCACGACGCUCACCGCGCUAAUCACUCAUCAUUCGGUCAUGCCGGAAUUAUUGCCAUGCCCGUUGUCGCUGAGCCGAUAUAAUCCGAGCUUCGUCAAGACUGACUCCAGCAAGGAUUUCGCAGAUAUCGAUUCGGAUUCCGAUUACAAUACCCUGGCGGAUUUUCGCAAAAUGAUGGCCGAUCUGAAUGUCUAGAAAUCUAAUGUCUAGAGAUCGUCGAAUCUAGUUGGGAAACGAGGACGCUUUUCUACGAAAUCGCGGUUCGUCGAUUCACGUGAAGCCAAUUGGAAAGUAACGCAAG